AUGUUGCAGUCGUCCUGGGAACCGGAGGAAAACUUGAAUGAGGUUUCGCUAAGGUAAGCAAUUUUAUUCAUAUUGAUGCUAUUAUAAUAGGUCAUAAUAAGCCAUAUGAAUUAUAUGAUGGUAUGUACUAUCAACUGUGUUCCUCUGAAUGUGGAGUAUUUGAAAAAAAGCACUCACACAAAUGCCUAAAAAUGUUAAAAUUGACAUGAUUGUUAAAAUAAUAAUCUGCGUUGUAUUUUUGACAGGAGCUAUGAUCAUCCACAACCAGAGAUGUCAAGGGUCGAAGAGUCAUGUUUUGCUCUUCGAACAACCAUAAUACAUGGGUUGAAGUCAUCUGGGGUGGAUGUUCAUUUAUAUGUACCAUUCCACCUUCAUGUUUGGAGAUACCUAAUGCAAGGUAAAGGGGAAGCUAUCGAAGGAGGUACUAGCAAAUUAUAUCAAAAGGAAGACUUUGAUAGGUUUGUCGAUUGGCCCGAUCAUUGGAGUUAUAUCAUGAAUCUCUAUGGCACAGGAAGAGCAAUCGAUUUUCCCAUAAAAGUAAGGCCAUUCCUGGGGAAAUCGUGUGUGAAAGAUUUUGUUGUGGGGGAUGAUGGAGCAAUUGUGAAAGCUCCUAUAUUAUAUACUGAAAAGUUAAGUAUUUAUUUUGUAAAAAGACCAUUUAAUCCUAACAAUAUAUAA